UAGGCGUAUUGUAAUUUGUACAAUGUUAGGUACUUGAAUCAGCGGCGCAAUUUUGCAAUUUGUGUGUAAAAAAAUAUAUUGCUAAAAAUUAUUUUUAACUAACAUUGUAUAAAAAUUAAAAUCCCUUUAUAUCAAAGCAAUGGGCGGGGAUCGAAAUGUAGAGCGACGGCGAUCAAGAUCAAGAGAAAGACGCGACAGAGAUCGUUUUGAUGAUCGUGAAGCGCACAGAGAUAAAGCAAAGCGUCGCCGCUCUCGAAGCCCUAGGAAAGAACGGUCUAGGAGUCCAUCAAAGAAAGAAAUAGAUUCGCGUGCACGAAGCCCUCGUAAAGAUAGAGAGCGUUCUCGUAGCCCACGUAAAGAUAGAGAGCGCUCCCGUAGUCCCGUUCGCAAAGACCGCGGGCGGUCACGAAGCCCCAAGAAACGUGAUACGCAAGAUAAACACCGUCGAAAUGACGAUAAAGAUAAAUCACGGUCUAAAAAGGAGGAAGACAGCAAAGAUGAUGACCAAGAAAUGGCGGAAAGGGAUGAACCAAAACCUGUCAAACGAGAACCAUUGUCGCUGGAAGAGUUGUUAGCAAAAAAGAAAGCCGAGGAGGAAGCUCGUAGUAAACCUGUAUUCUUGACUAAGGAACAAAGGGCAGCAUUGGCAUUAGAGAGACGGCGUGAGCAAGUAGAGGCAAUGAGAGCUAAUGUUGACAAACCUACUAUAGCAACUAUUGAUCUUACUGGAAGUUCAAAGAGGGAGGAUGACAGGAAGGAGAAGGAUGAAAGAGACAGAGCUAGGGAGAGGGACCGGGAGAGAGAAAGAGAAAGGGAAAGAAAAUAUGAAGAAAGAAAAGCAGCCAGCGACAGAAACAAGGAUGAUAAAAAAGAUAAAAAUGAAGAUUACAACAAAAAUAAGGAUAAAGAGAGGGAAGAGGAGGCAAUCAAAGCUCGAUACUUGGGAAUUGUUAAGAAAAAACGCAGGGUACGAAGGCUCAAUGACAGGAAAUUUGUGUUUGAUUGGGAUGCUUCUGAGGAUACGUCUAAUGACUACAAUGCCCUCUAUAAAGAGAGACAUCAAGUACAAUUUUUUGGCAGAGGUCACAUUGCUGGUAUUGACAUAAAGUCCCAGAAAAAGGAUUACAGCAAGUUUUAUGGUAACCUUCUAGAAAAAAGAAGAACAGAGCUGGAAAAAGAGCAGGAAAAGCUGAGGUUGAAGAAAGUUAAAAGGAAGGAAGAGAAACAAAAGUGGGAUGACAGGCAUUGGUCUGAGAAAGAUCAUGAUGAGAUGACAGAAAGAGACUGGAGAAUCUUCAGGGAAGAUUACAAUAUAACUAUCAAAGGUGGUAGGAUUCCAAACCCUAUAAGAAAUUGGAAGGAAGCUAGUUUCCAUAACGACAUUAUGGAAAUCAUAAACAAGGUCGGUUACAAGAGUCCUACUCCAAUUCAACGUCAAGCUAUUCCAAUUGGUUUGCAAAACAGAGACAUUAUUGGUGUUGCAGAAACAGGUUCUGGUAAAACUUUAGCCUUCCUUAUCCCAUUACUCACUUGGAUUCAGUCUUUGCCAAAGAGUGAAAGAAUGGAAGAUGCAGACCAAGGUCCUUAUGCUAUCAUUUUGGCCCCGACCAGAGAGUUGGCCCAGCAAAUUGAGGAGGAAACAAACAAAUUUGGUAUACCAUUAGGCAUUACAUCUGUUGUAGUGGUUGGUGGUUUGUCUCGUGAGGAUCAGGGCUUCAAACUCCGACUCGGUUGUGAGAUUGUCAUCGCUACUCCCGGUCGUCUCAUUGAUGUGUUGGAGAAUAGAUAUCUGGUCUUAAAUCGCUGCACAUAUGUCGUACUUGAUGAAGCUGACCGUAUGAUAGACAUGGGUUUCGAACCCGACGUACAAAAAAUUCUGGAGUACAUGCCUGUGUCUAAUAUUAAACCAGAUACAGAUGCAGCAGAGGAUGCUUCAGUUCUGCUUGCAAAUUAUAACACAAAGAAGAAGUACAGGCAAACUGUGAUGUUUACGGCGACUAUGCCUCCUGCGGUGGAGCGUCUAGCCAGGACCUACUUACGAAGACCGGCUAUAGUAUACAUUGGAUCAGUCGGUAAACCUGUAGACAGAACAGAACAAGUUGUAUACUUGAUAGGUGAGAAUGAGAAACGCAGAAAGCUUACGGAGAUCUUACAAAGAGGUGUGGAACCACCCAUCAUCAUAUUCGUCAAUCAAAAGAAAGGUGCAGAUGUACUAGCUAAAGGUUUGGAGAAACUUGGAUUUAAUGCAUGUACCUUACACGGUGGUAAAGGCCAAGAACAGCGUGACUUUGCGCUGGCCAGUCUCAAAAAUGGUUCAAAAGAUAUUCUGGUUGCCACAGAUGUUGCUGGCAGAGGUAUUGAUAUCAAGGAUGUCAGUAUUGUCAUUAAUUACGAUAUGGCAAAGAGCAUAGAAGAUUAUACCCAUCGUAUUGGUCGUACCGGGCGUGCUGGUAAAACUGGGAAAGCCAUUUCAUUUGUUACAAAAGAAGAUUCUGCUAUUUACUAUGAUCUGAAACAGGUACUACUUGCAAGUUCCGUGUCCACUUGCCCACCCGAAUUGAUGAACCACCCAGACGCACAGCACAAACCAGGUACAGUUGUAACCAAGAAGAGAAGAGAAGAAAUGAUAUUUGCUUAGUUUAGGCAGUAAGGGUACAAUGUAUUUUAAUUCAUGAGUAAAUAAAAGAAUUAUCAAUUUUAAAAUAAA